CUCUCUACUCCAUAUUUCUUUAAUUCUCUUUCUAGUGUACCUUCUGUCCAUUGAAAACACAUUUCCAUAUAUACGUUGUCUAACCUUACAAAAUAAGGAGGAAUUCCACCAAAAAGUUUAAUCAUCCAUGGCUCUAAGACUGCAUCUAACUAUCAUUGGGAAGUGUUCCAUAUGCUCCGAAAGCUUGAAAGAAGGAGAAGACCGAGCAUUGUACAUAUCAGAGUGCUCCCAUGCCUUCCACUACAACUGCAUUCUCUACAAUGCUCUACAUGGGAAUAACAUAUGCCCAACUUGCAACUCCCUUUGGAAAAACCUUCCGUUUCUCAAUGCUUCCCCUACCCCUUACCCUAACAACAAAAUUCACAUCCCUAAUCCACCUCCUCCCCCUAAUUUUUCUCCUAAAUUUCCUCCCAUUCGCCAUCUCCCUUAUGCUGAUGAUGAUCCCCUCUCGUCCUCUACUGCCUCUUCCUCUUUUCCUAACAACAACAAUCACAUUCCUAAGCCACCUCCUCCUCCUCCUCCUCCUAAGUUUCCUCCCAUUCGCCCUCUCCCUUUUGCCGAUGAUGAUCCCCUCCCAUCCUCUCCCGCUACCACUACUGCCUCUUCCUCUUUUCCCCAGUUAAGCGAGUCAGAUACUACCCUUUACCCUACCAACAACGUUCACAUUCACAUUCCUAAGCCGCCACCUCCUCCUCCUCCUAAGUUUCCUCCAAUUCGCCGUAUCUCUUUUGCUGAUGACAAUCCCCUCCCAUCCUCUCCCGUUACCACUAUUGCCUCUUCCUCUUUUCCUGAGCAUGUUGCACUAAGGGAGUCAGAUACUACCCUUUACCCUACCAACAACAUUCACAAUCACAUUCCUAGGCCACCUCCUCCCCCUACUUUUCCUCCCAUUCACAGCUAUCAAGUCCUAUCCUCAACCUUUACUACUACUACCACUACUGCUACUACUACUGCCUCUUCCUCAGCCACACCGCUUCAACAACAGGGUGCCAACAUGACAGUAAAGGCCUUUCCUGAGUAUCCUGCACUAGGUAAGUCAGAACAAUCUAACUCCUUUGCUGUCCUCGUUGGCAUCCAGGCCCCACCUUUGUCUCCAGAAGCUUCUGACAGGUCGACAGACCGGGCCCCAAUCGACCUCAUUGCAGUCCUUGAUGUGAGCGGAAGUAUGACUGGAAACAAGAUAACACUCCUUAAGAAGGCAAUGGUGUUUGUCAUCAACAACUUGGGUCCCACUGACCGACUGUCGAUCAUCACCUUUUCAACCAAAGCCCGACGGGUGACCCCACUUUGGAGGAUGACUGACACAAGGAAAAACGACAGUAUCCACGCUGUCAACUCCAUUGUUGUAGAGGAAGCUACUAAUAUCAUUGCAGGACUUAAAAUGGCUGUACAGGUACUUGACCAGCGUCGAGAGAAGAACCCUGUUUCCAGUAUUCUUCUUCUGUCUGAUGGACAGGACAACGAAAAUGAACCUGGCAAACAUUUUCUCCGCCUUCUUCCAUAUUGUAUCCGCUCAAAUGACACAGAUUCUAGUAAUUCUGCUCAUCAUCAAACUGAUGCAGUAAUUCCAGUCCAUACAUUUGGUUUUGGUUCUGACCAUGAUGCAACUACAAUGCACGCCAUUGCAGACAUAUCACGUGGGACCUUCUCUUACAUUGAAUCAAUCAGGAUUAUCCAGGAUGCUUUUGCCCAGUGCAUUGGUGGACUUUUGAGUGUGGUGGCGCAACAGCUUGAAAUACAGGUGGAAACCGCCUCUGUUAAGGUUCGAAUCCAGUGUAUUCCCUCUGGAAAGCAUAGAAAUAACAUUGGUUACAGUAAAGAACAUGGGGUGAUAUAUCUAGAUAAUGUCUACGCCGAGGAAGUGAAGCAAUUCCUAGUGUACCUUUCAGUUCCACCAGCUGAACUUGGGACUUUGACAACACAACUAUUGGAAGUCAAGUGUUUGUACAUGGACCCACUUUCGAAGCAAAACAAAGUUUCUGAGACAGUUAAAGUAGAGAUUUACAGACCAGAUGUUGAAGACUUAUCUGAGACAGAUAGGCAGGUGUGUUUAGAGGUGAGUAAGGAGAAACACCGCAUCACUGUAGCAAAAGGGAUUGCUCAGGCACAGGCCAUGGCAGAGAGGGGACAGCUACAUGAAGCACAAUCAUCGCUUCAGAAUCAAAUCACGUUUUUGGAAACAGUGCGUGAUUCUGGAUUCGAUGCUGCACACUGUGAGAUGUUGACAGAAGAGGUAAAAGUAGUGAAACAGAUGAUGGCGAGUAAAGGGGUGUAUGAAGGUACAGGGAGGGGUUUUACCAAAUCAAUGAUGUUGUGUCAUGGUUAUCAGAGAGCUGCAACUCAACAAUCCAGCAAAGCCCCUGCAGGACGUUCUGUUGCAAUGAGUUAUCAAACAAACAACAUGAAGAAAAUGGUGAGUAAGUCGCGGAGAAUGCGUCAAGGUGAUGAUGAUCAAGAUUCAAUACCAUAAUCUGCUCAAAACUAGUAACGGUUAAAAGUCAUGCAUGAAGGGUUGGUUGGUUACUUGGUGUCUUGGUCUCUGCAGCAAACUUAAUACUGUAUUUAUUCUUUGGCCAUAAUUUACAGAUUUUUCUCCUAAUAAAUCAAUAAGUUGUGGAAGAUUAAUUUUCAUAUAUGGGUUGAAUUAGUUUUGAACUCGAUCUUAGAAAUGGAAUUUGGUUGUUUGAUUUUUGUACUUCUAAUAAUUAAACUUUUCUCUGCAAUACUAUGUUGUUUCUUGGUUAUACAAUUUA